GAUUACCAGAACGCACUGUGAUCCUGUUAAGUGAAUAUAGUGGACAUCAUGCUGGGUCAUGUCGUUUUUGCUGCCCUUCUCAUCGUAUUCGAACCCCUUGUCGCGUUUCCAUCGGAGUACGGGAGGAGAUACCCCUUAGGACAGAACGAUGGUUGUCGAUUUAAUGGUGAUUGCGAGUUCGUGGAUACGCGACUACAAAACUUUGCAGAUAAUUUGGGUGCAACCGGUUCCUUUGGCAUCGCUAAGCGACUCGAAAGGUUCAAAAUUUCAAACCGCGAUGACACGUAUGGUAAGCGAAAGGCGGCGGCCCUCGAUAGUUUGGUUGCGGGCGGAAUGUUUGGCAAAGCGAAGAGGGCGCACGAGUACGACUACCUACUUAAAGAUACGGAUAUUGAUAAAUUCCAAAGAAGUUCGCGGCCGUUACUGAACACCAUGGAGUUGGGUGGCACAUUCGGACGUGCUGUUAAGCGACAGGUGCUGGACACAUUGGGGAGCAACGCCUUUGGAGUACAGAAGAGAAAAGUAGACAGCAUCUCAGAUCAAGGAUUAAAAGCAUUCCUUAAUAAAAACUUAUAAAAUAAAUCAUUUGUUAGACGUAUAAUUGACAUUUCUGUAUUGGCCGAAUGGUACUUUCCGAUACAACCGUCGUUCAUCAGUGAUCCUGUAUGUGAUUUUCAGUAGUUAUAAGGACGUGGAGUGCUCUAAUUAUUUAUCGGUAAUUGUUACAUUAUAAUUUGUAUGUCGUUUUGACAACUCGCCCUUUGUUUUGCAUUCUGAUAAGUGGCUGGAAUUUUCACACAUCCCUUAAUUGCUUGUGACGUUUUUAAAUGUAACGGUAACUGAUUCGUCUUUCAAAUAAA